AGAAAUUGGCGGAUAGAAAUAGAACCCAAAACAAAAAACACCCAUCUCUCUCUCUCUCUCUCCGAGCGCGCUGUGCUCACGGAGAAGAGGAGGUGGCCGGCGGCUUUGGCGACUCGUAGGGUUUGCAGCUGACGCGCCAUUCCCCAGUCUAUCUUAAAGUGUCUAAAAUGGUUGCGCAGGAGUUCACAGUGGACUUGAGUAAGCCUCUCGUCUUUCAGGUUGGUCACCUUGGGGAAGCUUACCAGGACUGGGUUCAUCAGCCUAUUGUUAGCAAGGAAGGUCCACAAUUUUUUGCAAAUGACUUCUUGGAGUUCCUAACACGCACUGUAUGGUGGGCAGUUCCGACCAUAUGGCUGCCAGUUGUCUGCUGGUUCAUUACCAUGUCUGUCCGAAUGGGCCAUACAAUCCCUGAAGUAGCUCUGAUGGUUAUGGCUGGAGUCUUUCUGUGGACGCUGAUUGAGUAUAGUCUGCAUCGCUUCCUUUUCCACAUGAAAACAAAAACUUACUGGGCAAACACAGCACAUUAUCUUCUUCAUGGAUGUCAUCAUAAGCACCCUAUGGAUGGACUCCGCCUUGUUUUCCCCCCUGCUGCCACAGCUAUUCUAUGUGUGCCGUUCUGGAAUAUAGUUAAACUCAUGGCAACCCCAUCGACUACCCCUGCUUUAUUUGGAGGUGGUCUUCUGGGUUAUGUUAUGUAUGACUGUACUCACUAUUAUCUUCACCAUGGACAGCCAUCCAAAGAUCCAGCUAGAAAUCUCAAGCGGUAUCAUCUGAAUCAUCACUUCAGAGUUCAAAGCAAGGGUUUUGGGAUAACUUCUAAACUAUGGGACAUCAUGUUUGGGACAUUGCCUCCAUCAGAAAUCUCCGGGAAAACCAGUUGAUAUUUUUCCCCUCAAUCACUUAAGAGAUUGUAAUUUAUCAAGGUAGACUCUAUUCAUCCCUAUGUCACCGUCGCAUUUGUGGAAUGAUUUUUGUUUUAUGAUUGUACUAGUGUUAAUUAUGGCGUUGGCUUUGCCAGUUCUAGCAGGAAUUUCUGUAACCUUAUUUUCUCCUUUAUGUGCAAUUAUUUCUUGCAGAUUGGCUGUAAGAUUUGGCUGGCAAUUCUUGUUUUAUGAAUUUUAUGAAUGAGUACGCUAUGGAUACUCCUAUUCCCAUAUUCGGGAUCCUUGACCGAUCUCUGAUUCUGAGAAUUAUAUGUUAAGACUUCUUUUGUGAUGUGCA